ACGUAGAACACGUGCUGCAAACUAGCUCUCGGCGACACUGGGUAGGCAGUGGUUCUGCUAGCUGCAGAACGCAGACUUCGGCAGGACGCGAUCGAGGUGACAGCUGCACUCCUUCCUGAGAGCUUCGGGUCCUCUGGGCGUGCCUUUACUCGUUUCGCUAUCUAGAGCCAGGCUGACUUUCAAUUUGCUUUGCCCAUGUGUGUACCAGAAUCAGUGCUGCAUAGUUUGAGCCUGAUAAGAUUGACCUUACUAAAGAGACAUUUAAGUCACAUCUGCCAAGAAGUAUGACUUGAAUGAAACUAACUUGUACAAGUUUUCAAUACUUUUAACCCGAGUUAUCAGCUGUCUGCAGUUAUUUGUAACCUGAGGGGUACACAGCCCCAAAGGGGAAGGUUAAGAACUGCAGAUCUUAGAUGCUCUGAGAACCCACUGCUGUACAGUCAUUCCUAUGAAAAUCAUUCAUGUGCUGGCAGACCCUAAGGGAGCGUAAACCAGGGACUUUGAUACCAUGCAACAGAAGAGCAAAUUGUUUCUCCAAGCUUUGAAGUAUAGUAUUCCUCACCUUGGGAAAUGCAUGCAGAAACAGCACUUGAAUCACUGUAACUUCGCUGAUCAUUAUUACAAUAGAAUAAAAUUGAAAAAAUAUCAGCUAACCAAAUGUCUGCAGAAUCAACCCAGGAUCUCAGAGUUAGCAAGAAACAUCCCAAGUCGGAACUUCUCAUGUAAGAAUUUUCUGUCUAGUAAACAGGAAAACGAAAAACCCCUUUCAGAAAACAUGGAUGCGUUUGAAAAAGUGAGAGCAAAAUUAGAAACACAGCCACAAGAAGAAUACGAAAUCAUCAAUGCAGAGAUUAAACAUGGUGGUUUCGUUUAUUAUCAAGAGGGCUGCUGCUUGGUUCGUUCCAAAGAUGAAGAAGCAGACAGUGAUAACUAUGAAGUUUUGUUCAAUUUGGAGGAACUUAAAUUAGAGCAGCCCUUCAUUGACUGUAUCAGAGUUGCUCCUGAUGAAAAAUAUGUAGCUGCCAAGAUAAGAACUGAGGAUUCCGAAUCAUCUACUUGUAUAGUUGUGAAGCUCAGUGAUCAGCCUGUAAUGGAAGCUUCUUUCCCAAAUGUGUCUAGUUUUGAAUGGGUAAAGGAUGAAGAAGACGAAGAUGUUUUAUUCUACACCUUCCAGAGGAACCUUCGCUGUCAUGAUGUAUAUCGAGCCACUUUUGGUGAUAACAAACGUAAUGAACGUUUUUACACAGAAAAAGACCCAAGUUUUUUUGUCUUCCUUUAUCUUACAAAAGACAGUCGUUUUCUCACCAUGAAUAUCAUGAGCAAGACCACUUCUGAGGUGUGGUUGAUAGAUGGCCUGAGCCCUUGGGACCCACCAGUACUUAUCCAGAAGCGAAUCCAUGGGGUCCUUUACUAUGUAGAACAUAGAGAUGAUGAGUUAUACAUUCUCACUAAUGUUGGCGAGCCUACAGAAUUCAAGCUAAUGAGAACAGCAGCCGAUACCCCUGCUAUUAUGAAUUGGGAUUUGUUUUUCACGAUGAAGAGAAAUACCAAAGUUGUAGAUUUGGACAUGUUUAAGGAUCAUUGUGUUCUCUUCCUGAAGCAUAGCAAUUUACUUUAUGUUAACGUGAUUGGUCUGGCUGACGAUUCAGUUCGGUCUCUAAAGCUCCCGCCUUGGGCCUGUGGAUUCAUAAUAGAUACAAAUUCAGACCCAAAGAACUGCCCCUUUCAGCUUUGCUCUCCAAUACGUCCCCCGAAAUACUAUACAUAUAAGUUUGCAGAAGGCAAACUGUUUGAGGAAACUGGGCAUGAAGACCCAAUAACAAAGACUAGUCGUGUUUUACGUAUGGAAGCCAAAAGCAAGGAUGGAAAAUUAGUGCCAAUGACUGUUUUCCAUAAAACGGAUUCUGAGGACUUACAGAAGAAACCUCUCCUGGUACAAGUAUACGGAGCUUAUGGAAUGGAUUUGAAAAUGAAUUUCAGGCCUGAAAGGCGGGUGUUGGUGGACGAUGGCUGGAUAUUAGCAUAUUGUCACGUUCGGGGAGGUGGUGAGUUAGGCCUCCAGUGGCACGCUGAUGGCCGGCUAACUAAAAAACUCAAUGGCCUUGCUGACUUAGAGGCUUGCAUUAAGACGCUUCAUGACCAAGGCUUUUCUCAGCCAAGUCUAACAGCCCUGACUGCUUUCAGUGCUGGAGGGGUGCUUGUGGGAGCAUUGUGUAAUUCUAGUCCAGAACUGCUGAGAGCUGUGACUUUGGAGGCACCUUUCUUGGAUGUUCUCAACACUAUGAUGGACACUACACUUCCUCUGACAUUAGAAGAAUUAGAAGAAUGGGGGAAUCCUUCAUCUGAGGAAAAACACAAGAACUACAUAAAACGUUACUGUCCCUAUCAAAAUAUUAAACCUCAGCAUUAUCCUUCAAUUCACAUCACAGCUUAUGAAAAUGACGAACGUGUACCUCUGAAAGGAAUCGUAAACUAUACGGAGAAACUCAAGGAAGCCAUCGCAGAGCAUGCUAAGGACACCGGGGGAGGCCAUCAAGUCCCCAGUAUUAUUUUAGAUAUUCAGCCUGGAGGCAACCAUGUGAUUGAGGAUUCUCACAAAAAGAUUACAGCCCAAAUUAAAUUCCUGUAUGAGGAACUUGGACUUGACAGCACCAGUGUUUUCGAUAAUCUUAAGAAAUAUCUAAAAUUCUGAAAUGCUGCGUUCAUUGGGAACUGGAAACACACUGAAGUCUUUCAUAGUCAUAUUUCCAAUUAUGUUCACAAAAGUGAGUUUUUUAAGUUAGUAAAUAAUUUUUUAAAAAUUUUAUUCCCCAUCCAAAUUUGGUUUCAUAAACAGCUCACUUGCUUAUACCAGUGUCUCCACUGAGGCACAUGCCCCUUAACCCAGGAAAGUAACUUUCAAACCAUGCUGCGUAGAAGCACAUCGAGAAGGCAGUGAGGGAAGGACUGCUGAUAGCAGAAGUCUCCCCUUUCUCCUUCAGAACAGCUUCCUUUUACUGUUAUUUUCUUUGAACAGUUUACACAUCAAGUUCCUGUUUCUGCUAGUGAAAAAUUUUAGGCACUCUGGCAAUUAAGUCAUCCUCCAGUUUCUAUACCUGCAUUUUCUGGAAGAAGGUAACGUGCUUCCCAUUAAAGCUCAUUAGAUCUUUCUAAUCAUCUGGAAGUCCUAGGUGCUCUGAUCAUCUCUUAUUGAUGCUAUUUCAAAAAGUUAAAAGAUCCUGCAAGUGAUCAUUUUCUUUUAAACAUUUUAUUAUUCUUGAAAAACAAUUUAAGAACCUUCCCUAAAGCAGUUUCACUCAAGUUACAGAAAUAUCUCAGAAUUAAUGACCAUUCGGGACUUCCCGAAGUCCAGUGGUUAAGACUCCAUGCUCCCAAUGCAGGGGCACAGGUUUGACCCCUGGCCAGGGAACUAAGAUCCUACAUGCCACAUGGUGCAGCCAAAAAACCAAAAGAAUUAAUGACCACUCAUAAAGUUUACCCAGCAGCAUGCUGCUAUAUGUGAAGUUACUGCAAAUGCUUAGACUAGAACAGAAUGCCAGUGCCCCCAUCUCUUUCAUAGAGGUGCCUAACACAAGCUGUACAGUAUGUUUAAUACCCUGGAAUAGCAUGCCCGGUUGGAAACAAAACAUCUAUCUUUGAAAGCUGUUUGACGAUGAAGGAGAUUCCUAGUGUUGUAUUCAAGGAUGAGUCCCUCUCCACUGGCCAGUGUAACAGCAUGCGUGUCAACUUCACGGCCACUGUAGGCAGAAUUGGUACUUAACCUUAUCCUCACUCUUGUGGGAAUAUUUGAAAUCAUUUCCUUUAGAUUUAGCAGUGAUGAUUCUCCAAAAUUCAGAACCACGAGGAAGACUCUGUUUAUCCCAUCCAGCUCUCUUGUGUACAUGAUAGAGUGGUUGUCACUCCUCAAGUAGCAAAACCACCCCCUGCUGAGGAGCAGCUCAUUGGCAUGAAGCAAGCUUAAUUCUUGAUAUAACUUCAGUGCUGAUCUGGGCUGAGUCUUUUGGACCUAUUUAAAAAAAAAAAAAAGAAUACUAACAUAAAUGUUUGAUUCUCAGAGUAUCAAGAAUUAUUUCCCAAAAAAACUUGCUUCCAUUUUAUCCCUUAAAAUAACUACUAAAUUUUAAGUAUGACUAAGUAGGGAAGCAGAGUCCAUGGGGGUAGCAAAGACUCAGACAUGACUGAGAGACUGAACCGAAUAGUUUAUUUAGCUACUAAUAGCAACUACAGAUAGAAUUUCACCUUGUCUGGGAGUCCUUGCAGAGUGCAGUUUUCUGCUACAUUUUGGCCACAGCUGAUUUGGAUGUCAAAUUUGACUCCACUAAAUGUCCAUAUCUAAUUUAAUGGAUAUUUAACAUGCCUAAAUAAAUCUCUUUAUGCUACAUUUAACUGGCAGAAAAGCAGCCAUCCUGGCCAUGGACUCCAAGGACUUCUGUUGAAUCGGGGUCUCUCUGUUCUCUUUUGUAGAAUAAUGUGUAGGUUGGUGUAACUUCAGGAGAUGCUAGUUAUGAACAGAAAAUUGCAAAAAGGGAUGCAAAGCAAAAUGCUGUCUAAAGUGAAAGAGAUUGCACCAAUUUUUUUUUUUACCCAUAAAAGUAAUAUAUGUCCAUUAAAGAAGAUUGAGGUAAAUUUUAUAGCUAUAUAAAACAGACAUAAUUUAAUGUUAUAUUUUUUUUGUUUUUUUCCUUUAACAUUUCAAACAUCUUCUGUUAUUAAAUGUCAUUUUAAUGGCAGAAUAAUCAUCCAGUUGAAUGGUUAUACCAUAUUUAACCAUUCCCUUUCAUUUUGACAUUUGAGUUUCUAAUAUGCUUCCCCCAUAUUUGCAUUAUUUAUUUAUGACACAAAUAUCAGAAAGACAAUUACUGUGUCAAGGAGUAUGGAUACUUGAUACAUAAUGCCAGAUUUGUCUUCAUGUAAGCAGUUACCAAGUCAGUGAUAACAUUCAUUCAUUAUAGUCUUGCCAGUCAUGUUGACUUCAGCAGUAGUGGUGGUUAUUUGGGGUAUUACUGUGUGGUAUUUAAUAAAUGUCUGAAAAAAAUGUCUAUUCUGUGUUUAUCAGGUACAGAGGUAUUUAUGGUACAUGUAUAUGAUAUAUGUAUAUGACUUGUCAACUCACUAUUAACAUUUUGUAUAGCCUUAGAUAAUGCAUGAAAAAGCAUAGUUCAAUGCCACGUACAUAAAAAGUGCCCAGUAAGUGUUGUUACUUUUGUCUACUUGAUUUACCACUUUCUAGAGGUAUGUUCAAGCGUCUCUCUGUAACUGUGAUUUCUUAGUUUCUCUUUACAAUUCUCAGAGUACUUGUUUUAUAUAUUUUGAAGCUAUUGUUAGAUGCAUAGAUUCAUGAUUUAUAGUGGAAUGUUCUUUUAUCAAUUCUUGAAAACUGCCUUUGUCUCAUAAUGCUUUUCAUAUUGAAUUCUAUUUUGUCUGCUAUUAAAUAUUUCCCCACCUGCUUUUUGUAACUUUAUUUUUUUAAAUAGACAAUGCAUGCAUACAAUAUAAAAUUCAACUAUCAGAAAAAUAUACAAAUAAAAUGGUUUUCUUCACCUCUUCCCCUAGCUUUCCAUUUACUCUUCCCAGAGAUACACUCUUACUGUGUAUAUAUUCUUCCAUUUUAUGUAUCAUAGGAAAUGUUACAUUCUGUACCUAUGCAAACAUAGGUAAACAUACUUUUUCCUUCUUUACACAAAUAGUGGCAUGUUACCAUUCUGUAGCCUUUUUUUUAUUAUUAUUAUUUAGUAGGUCAGAGGUCAUCUCAUAUCAAUCCACACUGAAUAUGAUUUUAAUAUGCAUUAAAAAUUGCAUACUUGUCUCUUAUAUAGAUUAACUGUAAUUGAUUCAACUGGUUUUCUAUUGAAAAAAUAUAUAAAUCAUUUUCAGAGUCUUCUGGAAGAGAUAUCUAGGAAUGAAAUUACUAAAUUAAAAGGUAUAUGCAUUUCUUUGUUGUGAAAGCAAUAGUCAGCUGGCAAUCUUUCUGGGUCCUUUUGUUUUAGCUAUGUCUCUUAUGUCAGAUUUUGUCUUUGUUUUCUAAUCCAAGAGUUUUUAUCUUUUAAUAGGUGAAUUUAAGCCAUUUAUAUCUGUGAUUACCAUAUGUUUAGACAUAGUCCUAUAGCCUUAUUUCAUCUUUUAUUUUAAUUGCACUGUUGUUUUAUCUUCUUUCUUUUAGCUUUUUAUUGGAGCACUUGGCUUUCUUUAUGUACUUUUUUUCCUUCUAAUAUCCUUUGAAAAUUACUGUUUAUGUCUGUUCUUCUAAUGGUUACCGUUAAAACUGUAAUGACCAUUUAAAAACAUUUUUCUUAACACAGCAGUGUGGUUCCGUAUAACUUCCUGCAGCGCUGAAAGCUCCGUAUCUGUGCUGUAGAGUGUGGUAGCCACUAGCUACUGAGCACCUGAAAUGCUGCCUGUGUGACACAAGAACUGAACUUUUAAUUCCGUUUAAUUUUAGUAUCACAGUGAUUGGUGGUUACUGGACAGCUCAACUCUAGAGUGAGUUAUUCUGUCUCCGUCCUCCUAAAGUGCAUUAGCCCCCGUGCAUUGUGUGCUCGCUCACUUGCUGUCACACACACCCCUUCCCUGCCACUACUUCCCAUAUACAAAUAAAUCACUAGCAUUUUUACUCCAAAAUACCUUAUUUUACAUUAUAUAUCAAAAAUUAUUCAUCCUUAAAUUUUGCUGAUUCCUUUCCUCACUAUUAUUUUAUACAUCAUAUCUUCCUUUUAGACUCCUUUUGGUUUUGUUGGAGUCCCCAAUUUCUCUUUCAGAAACUGGCUAGACAUGGUAAAAUUUCUAUCCUUGUUUUUCCAUUUUUGCUCUUGAAUGCCAGUUUAAAUGGAUAUAGGAUUCUUGGUUUAGAAUCAAGUUUCCACUACAACUGUGAAGGUAACGUUCUAAUGUGUUUUAGUAUCCAGUUGAGAAAGCUGAUGCCAGUUCAAUUUUUAGUCCUUUUCUCAGGCAGUCUGUUUUCAAGUUUCUUUCUGUGUAUUUUUAUGGUUUUCUCUUUAUUUAUCUCUGUUCUCUUCUAGAACUCACUUUUUGUUACAUGUUGGAAUUCCUAGAUUUAUUCUCCACAUAUCAAAAAUUUUCUCUCUAUACUGUUAACUUCUUUGCCUCCCCCCCCCCCCCCAUUUCCCUUGGAAUAUCAGUAUCUUUGUAACUGGUUCUAACAACUCUUUUAUGACUAAGGAUGUUAAUCAUUUACAAAUAAAUACCGUAUUUUAUUGCCA